GCUGGAAGAGAGAGAAAAAAAAUGCACCAUGCGCCUCGGCUGACUGAGUCCAUUUGGAAUAAUCACGGGGGAGUCGUUUGUACGUAAAUUUAAGGAAACCAUGAUCACACCAACCAAAAAGGAAUGUUUUUAACUUCGCUUGUUCGCGUUUUUGGACAACCACCGCCGCUUUUGUCCGACUGUAGAGGUGCUCCUGAACUACACAGAUGGACUAAGACAUCCAGCAAAACUAGAGGUGUAAAUCAAAUUGGAGGAUAUUUUUGUGCAUCUUGCUGGAGCUAGCUUUUUCAAUGUGGGCGUUCACAGACGAGAGGAUUUUCAUCAAAGUUGAAUGAUGGCAUCGCGUUGGGUUCACUCCUGUGAAGAUGAUGAGAGGCAACAGGCUAGAAACUCUUUCUGUGAGAAUGACUUUUCGGAGGGACGAGGUUUGGCUGAAUUUUCUUCGGCCCUGUACCCAGCAGAGGAGGAGCCGUUCUCGUGGCCGAGGCCGAAAACUUUGCUUUUACGUCGCACAUCACAAGGGUUUGGGUUCACCUUGCGGCACUUCAUCGUGUACCCACCGGAGUCCAGCACGCAUUACUUCCUGGAAGAAGAUUGUGGCCGCAGAGGGAGGCCGCGGAACAGGCUCGAGCCUAUGGACACUAUUUUUGUAAAGCAGGUCAAGGAAGGUGGCCCUGCUCAUGGAGCUGGGCUUUGCACAGGGGAUCGAAUAGUUAAAGUCAAUGGAGCGAGCAUCAUCGGGAAUGCUUAUUCUGAUGUGAUAUCUUUGAUCCAAGACAGUGGUGACUUUCUUGAACUUUGUGUGAUGCCAAAAGAUGAGGACAUACUUCAGCUGCCUUUCUCUGGGGAAACAACUAAUCUGGCCUACUCCCAAGAUGCCUACCUCCGUGGCCACAGCAGCUACAGUGGAAAUGCCUGUCACAUCCCAAAUCCACCCCCAGUAUGCUACCCCAGAGUAGACUGUAAGCCUGCGGGCAUGGCCCAGGCAACAGACUCAGCAGGGCAGGUUUGCCGAGGGCCAACAGUGCCUCUUGACCAUGGGUAUCGUAAAGAGAUUACUAUGACCCCAUCUCCUCCUCUUCAACUAUAUCCUAAAAGCCAAACGGUAGUGUGCAUGCGCAAUGACAGCAUUAGGACUGUGGUGGUUCCCCCUAAUACAGCACAUAUGGGACACAUGGCUCCAGUACGAAGGAUGGAUUUUAUGGACCCUGCUUUUGUUAGGGGAAGACCUGGAUCACUGGCCCAAUAUCCUCACCCUCGGAAGUCUGAUGUCUAUCCCAGUGGUCCAGGAAUGGUUUCAUUUGGGAGUCAUGCACCUAAUUAUCCAGGCAAUCAUCAAAGCAUUGAUUGGCGUACGUACCAAACAUACAAGGAGUAUAUUGACAACAAAGGUAUUCAUUCUCAUGGAAGUCGGACCAUCCAGGAGAGACUGGACAAUUUACGAACUGCUAGUCAGGCCUCAUUUGCCAAUACUCAUCACAUUCCUCGGGAGGAUUGGGCACCUAAAGGAAUACGACGCAGGAGUACUUCCCAUGAACGAUCAUACUACGGACCUCCACCCCAACUUCAUAUUGCCCCACGCAGUGCCUCACAGGAUCGUAUGGGAAGUGCAGAGAAAAUGAACCAUGCAAGGAACUGGCCUCCUCGAAGCGUGUCCCAGGAUGGCCUUGUUCUAAAAGCUCGAGCACGUUCCAUGGACUAUGCUGAUGCUCUAGAGCUUGCUCAGCCUAGUAAAAAGAGAGGAAUGUAUCCAAUGUCAGACCAAGGUACGAGACCAAGCAAGCAGUCCAUUCCCAGAAAUGCUAUACCAUUUAGGCCUUCUGUUGGAUACAGUGCUAGCAUGAGUGGGGCAUCAAACCCAUCCUUCUACUCUAAAGGAGCAGAGUCACUUCAGACCCAUUCCUCACCUAAGGUCUUUCACAGGCCCCUAGUUUUUGGAAAGAGCACAAGUGCUGAACAUUCUUUUACUAACCAAAGAGUUUCAGUCAAAGGAAACCAAUCGGGCAUCUCUAACCAACAAGGGCAGAGCAAGAUGCGGGCAGAAACCAUACAGCCUACUGAUGCAGGCAGAAACUCAGCAUUGGUAGGACUCAGGUCUUUGUCUUGCUCUACUCCAAAAGAAAUGCCUCAGAGGCCUGGCAUCCUCAAAACACCCCAGCAAGACUAUCCAAGUCAAGUGAAUGGUCAAUGUCCCACAGAUAGUGUGGUGGUUCUGAGGGAGAAGUCGCAUGCUGGGAAAAGCCCCAGCCCCUUACGACAACACUCAUACAUUCUAGCUGUAAACGAUGACGGGGCAGGCUCUACAGCAGAUGUGGCGGCGUGCUGGCUUCCAAAUGAUGCACGCAGAGAGAUACACAUGCGUCGAAUUGAGGAACGACACACUUCGUGCUCUAGUAACUUGGACGAAUCUCUGGACUCCAUUCCAUUCAUCGAUGAGCCAGUCAGCCCAAGUGUGGACCGAGAGGCUGCUCCUAUUCCUCCCUCUGCUGUGAUAUCUGUUGCACCAUCCAUAGCUACUGCCCCCUCCAGUCAAGGCUCCCCGUGUCCUCCCAUUCGUCGUCAGCUGUCACAUGAUCAAGAGUCUCUGCGAAGUGCUUUGCUGGACUCAGACUCAACCUGUAAAACAGAGCGGUCCAAGUCUUACGAUGAGGGCUUGGAUGACUAUCAGCAAGAGGCAAGAAAAAUGUCUUCGAGUAAGCAUCUUCCCAGUUUCAGGGGCCUAAAAAAGGCUCUGGAUGGGCAUAAAUCAUCAGGGGAUUCUGGGUCUCGAGGGGACCCCUCUUCUGAUGUCUUUUCUGACUCUUCCAAAGAAGGCCUGCUUAAUUUCAGACAAUUUUCUACUGAUAAAAACAAGCGUGUUGGUGGAGGCAUGAGAUCCUGGAAGCAAAUGUACGCCGUCUUACAAGGUCACACCCUGACCCUCUACAAAGACAAGAAGGACGCACUGGCUCAUGCUUCAGCACAAUCUGACGAGGAGCUGCUUCAAAUUAGCAUCAGGGCCUGUCUGAUAGACAUCUCCUACAGCGAAACGAGGCGCAAGAACGUGCUGCGGCUAACCACCUCGGACUGCGAGUAUCUGUUCCAGGCUGAAGGGAGGGACGACAUGCUUUCGUGGAUCAAAGUCAUUCAGGAAAACAGUAACCCAGAUGAAGAGAAUGCUGCUGUAACAAGCCAGGACCUGAUCAGCAGAAAAAUCAAAGAGUACAACAUGAUGAGCGCUCCCACCAGCAGAUCAGAACCCUCCCCCAAAAUAUCUCGGCAGCCACUCAGCAUCAAACAAGCAAUUCUGGGAGGGAAGUCGGACAGCAAGAUCUACAGCCCCCAUUCGCCCAAAACAGGAGAGGAGCGGCGGGCGUUGAAAGACGAGUCCAGUCCUCCUCGGGACAGGGACAGGUCUUGGAAAAUCGGCAUUGCAGGGAUCAUGAGAAAGCCUUUUGAAAAGAAGACUCCGGCUGGCAUCACAUUUGGAGUUCGGCUUGAAGACUGUCCACCUGCUCAAACUAACACGUUGGUUCCUCUCAUAGUGGAGGUGUGCUGUAAGCUUGUGGAGGAGCGAGGUCUGGAGUAUACUGGAAUCUACAGGGUUCCUGGAAACAAUGCUGCCAUCUCCAGCAUGCAGGAGGAACUCAACAGCAAAGGCAUGACUGACAUCGACAUCCAGGAAGACAAAUGGCGGGACCUCAACGUCAUCAGUAGUUUACUAAAGUCGUUUUUCCGGAAACUUCCAGAACCUCUAUUUACAAAUGAAAAGUACGCUGACUUUAUUGAAGCCAGCAGGACCGAAGAUUCAGUGGAGAGAUUAAAGGAGCUCAAGAGGCUGAUCUAUGAACUACCUGUUCAUCACAUCGAAACGCUCAAAUUUCUUUGUGCUCACCUGAAGAGAGUUUCUGAGAACUGUGAAAAGAACAAGAUGGAGCCUCGUAACCUGGCGAUUGUGUUUGGUCCCACGCUGGUCAGAACCUCUGAGGACAACAUGACCAACAUGGUCAAUCACAUGCCGGACCAGUGCAAGAUAGUCGAGAACCUCAUCCAGCAGUUUGACUGGUUCUUUUCUGAAGACGGCAGUGAGGAUCCUGUUACCGCAGCCGAGCAGGAGAGCACAGUUCAGUCUCAGCCUGUGCCAAACAUCGACCACCUGCUCACCAACAUUGGACGAACCGCACAGUCACCAGGUGAAGUCUCAGACUCAGCAUCUAGUGACCCCAACAACUCAAAGGUCUUGUGGGGGUCCGGGAAGGAUCAGUGUAGCAAAGAAAUGCUGCGCUCUUCCUUCUUCGUCAACCGCAACCGCAAGAAACCGAAACUGAAGCCUAAGCCUAAAGUUCACCUCAACAGUUCAGAUGACGACUUGGACCAAGUUUUUAUCAAAAAGGAGCUCCCAGAGGAGGACCAGCAGCAGUCUCCGUGGUCCCAGGACAGCCGGACCGAGGACGAGGACCAGACAGAUGGAGCAAGUGAAACAGAGACGCACAGGAAGAGCUCAGACGAGCAGCCGGAGAAAUCCAACAGGACAGAGUCUCAGCCCUCUCCCUCUUUGCCUCCAGUGCACAUCUCUACCCAUCAAACCGCUUCCCCCUACACAUCUCCACACCAUUCUCCAAACCUCAGCUACCGCAUGCCCGUGUCUCACCAGUUUUCACUGUCAGAUCCUCCCUCCAACUACGACGAUACGGUUUCUGACCUUGGUACGAUGAACAGCACCAGUUCUCAGGCGUCGGUGCCCAGAGGGAGGCCCGGCAGGUCGGCGGCUCCGGGCAUAGAGGCGUGUCCCAGCGGGCUGGGAGCAGAGGUUUGCUCCAUCACCUCGGACUACUCCACCACGUCCUCCAUGACUUUCCUUACUGGAGCUGAGCUCAGCGCCCUCAGCCCUGAAGUGCAGUCUGUGUCCGAGAGCCGCGGCGGAGACGAUGCAGACGACGAGAGGAGUGAGCUCAUCAGCGAAGGAAAGCCGACGAUGACGGACAGUGAGAGCGACCUGUCGGUGUUUACUGUGGGGAAAGCUGAGCCAAGAGAACCUCAGGAAGCUCCUCGACCCCUGCCCUCGCACAGACUCAUCGAGUGCGAUACGCUUUCCAGAAAGAAGUCUGGCCAGCUUAAAACCAACAGUGAGACCUCACUGGAUGGUUCUUGUGUGGAUAAAGAUUCCAACAGGUUGUCACAAGGUGUAGGUUCAGCAAAAGGUCGCUCCUCUGGAAGCCUCAGCUCGUCGUCUCGGACUGAGCUGGAUAAAACGGAGCCUGCGUGGAGGCUGAAGAUCACGGAUCGACUGAAGGUACGUCUGCGAACGUCUGCGGACGACAUGUUUGGCGUGGGCAGCCAGAGGAGUCGGUCGCCAGAGGGCCGUAGUAAGAAGAAGAACAUCAGGCGCCGGCACACGAUGGGCGGGCAGAGAGACUUCGCAGAGCUGUCCAUUUUGGGAGACUGGUCGCAGCCGGUCGGCAUCAACUCAGGCUCACGGUCAGAACUGUCAGCUGUAGACCGGCUGAAACCAAAGUGUAGCUCUCAGGAUUUCUCCAUCGGGGACUGGAUUGCUCGCGAACGCCACCGCACCAGCAACCCUGAGGUUAGCCUGGACCUCUCCGAACAGCAGGGGGCGCCGAGCAACACAGACUCCCAAAACUCCGAGGCCUCGUCUUCCUCCCACCUCACAUGUCGUCCCGCUGAGGCGCUAAACGAGGAAGUCUCCCAGAGUAAAAAUCUGAGCCUUUCAGCCGCUGCUCACCCACAUAAACUCACCAGUUCCCAGGUGGUCCAUUCACGCUUCUAUCAGUACCUGUGAGGGGUGCGCGUGUGUGUGUAUGUGUGCGCGCGU